UUGGAAUAAAUAGUGGCCAUGAGGAAUAUAACAGCAUGCCACAAAACCUAGGCACAGCCCUGCAUUGGGACUUAUUCUGUGCUCCUGUGCUAUGACAGGUCAAUACCCUACGCAGCCUUCCUACCCAGUUCAGCCUCCUGGUAAUCCCUCAGUGUUCCAGCAGACCAUACCUCUUCCUCAGGCUCCACCGUAUACCGAGGCGCCUCCUGCUUACUCAGAACUCUAUCGCCCAAACUUUGUGCAUCCUGGGGCUGCCACUGUACCAACCAUGUCUGCCGCUUACCCUGGUGCUUCCUUGUACCUUCCUGUGGCUCAGUCGGUUGCUAUGGGCCCAAUGGGUUCUUCAGUUCCAGUGGCUUUCUAUCCUGUGGGGCCAGUCUACCCUCCUGGAUCCGCUGUCCUUGUUGAAGGAGGCUAUGAUGCUGGAGCAAGGUUUGCGCAUGGUGCCCCUGCUAAUAUUCCGCCCCCUCCUCCUGGCUGUCCUCCCAAUGCGGCCCAGCUGGCUGUCAUGCAGGGUGCCAACGUGCUAGUGACGCAACGGAAGGGCAACUUCUUCAUGGGGGGCUCCGACGGUGGCUACACUAUCUGGUGAAGGGAAAGGGGGGGGGCUACAUUGGUGUAAAGGAACGACAUCACAUACUGUCAGCACUUCUCACAAUGUAACCGCUUUAGUCGUAUUAACCCGGAGUUGCAGUUUAGACACAGGAUGAUGCGGGGGGGUGUCUUCCUGGUGCCCUGACCCUUCAGGCACUUUUUCUUUUAAACAAACAAACAAACAAAAAAUUAAAAAGAAAAAGGUGGCAAACUUUAAAUAAAAACCAUGCAAUGGUAGGAGUGCCUCUUUCCAACCUUUGGGGAUUCAGUUUUGAAAGGAACGUGAGCUGAGCUGCCCCAAUAUUUCCCCUUUAAUUCCACAGGAAAAGCCUUUCACUGUGGCAUUCAUUCUCUCUCUCUCUCUCUCUCUCUCUCCCUGGCUUUUAUUAUUACAACUAUAUAUAAGACCAGGUGUUUCGGGUGGGGGUGGGGAUAAGAAGAGGUUGGGCUGGGAGGGGACCAAAAUGAAAAUUGCUAAGAAAGCCUAGCUUCCAAAUAUUAAAAAAUAUAUAUAUAAAAAAAACUUGCAGUUAUCUCCAUUGCCCAUUAGUACUAAGAUAAUGCAUCAUCUUUCCUCUUCCAUAGAAUCAGUGGUGCUGGAGAGAAAUGUAGUCACAUAUAAUUCUAUUUCUUUUGGGGGAAGAGGCGCCUGUGGUGGAUGCCUCUUAAAGGAGAAGGACUGGGGCCCAGUUCUUAAUUUUUAGUGCCCCUCUCUACCGGCUCCUCCCUCUCAACCUUUGCUCUCUGUUUCUUUGCCAGGAAGGUAUGCAGCUAGAGCGUUGGCCUGGGAUGUUCUUUUUAUACACUCUUAAGUGAUCUUGGGACUCCUUUGCACAUUAAAAAUCUAACUGAAGCCAUGUUUUGGUGCCAGAAACACAACAUUUCAUUAAAUGCUUCCUGUAUGUUUUAAACAGACAAACAAACAAACAAAAACUUAAGAUGAAACCAGUUGUUUUUUUUUAAGGGGUGGGGUGGGGAAGCAACCCGGUGUCUUGAUAACAAAACUCUGUAUGGAAUGUUAUUCAGGCUAGAGAGACAGGAGUGCCUGGGGAACAUCAAUCAUUGUGCAAGCUUGCUGGAGUUUUGUUUUGUUAUUUUUUUUUUUAGAUGCAUCUUUUAAAAAAGUGACUUGGGUACAAUGAAGUCUUACUAGGAUUAAGAAGAAUAUUUCAGGGAUCCUCAAUCUUUUGUUGUUGUUGUUGCUUUUGUUUUUAUGAAUUAAAAUUUAUCAGAUUUGGUGAAUAUAUUUUAUCUUAAUUUUCUGCGUGUUGUAUGUGUCAUGGUCAACCAUACAGCUGACUGUUAAUGAAAGGUUGGGAUUCUAGGUCUCUCUGUAAAACACUGUGGUGCACUUAACUUGUGGACUUUUUAUACUAAAAACAAGUAGAAUAAAGGCUAUUUUGAAAAUUUGAAUAAAGUGACAAAGUUGAAUUUA